CAUGACCUGACGUCGUGCAGCCAGCAGCAAUGCCACCCGCCAUUAAACCUAAAAAAGAAGAGGAAGAGGAGUCUGCUGUUAGUCCCCGGGUGACCGCCAUGUCCAAAGAGCAACAGACCCCUCGUGAGCCCGAGCAGCUCCGAAAGCUGUUCAUCGGGGGCCUCAGUUUCGAGACAACAGAUGAGAGUCUGAGGGCCCAUUUCGAGCAAUGGGGAACCCUCACAGACUGUGUGGUGAUGAGGGACCCCAACACAAAGAGGUCGAGGGGAUUUGGCUUCGUCACCUACAGUUCAGUGGGUGAAGUGGACGCAGCGAUGGACGCGCGUCCCCACAAAGUGGACGGACGGGCUGUUGAACCCAAGAGGGCCGUGUCUAGAGAAGACUCGUCCAAGCCAGGCGCUCACUCCACUGUUAAAAAGAUGUUUGUGGGUGGAAUCAAAGAGGACACUGAUGAGGAACACUUGCGCGAGUACUUCGGUCAGUUUGGUAAGAUUGAUGAGGUGAACAUCAUGACUGAGAAGAACAGCGAUAAGAGGAGGGGCUUCGCCUUCAUCACAUUCGAUGACCAUGAUGCCGUCGACAGGAUUGUUAUUCAGAAGUACCACACGGUGAACGGCCACAACUGUGAAGUCAGGAAAGCUCUGUCUAGAGAGGAGAUGAAUAGAGUGUCCAUGAAUUCACGAGGAGGCCGAGGAGGCGGUGGUGGCAGCGGCGGUGGUAACUUUGGCAGAGGAGGAGGAGGAGGUGGUGGUGGAGGAUAUGGAGGUGGAUAUGGAGGUGGUGGUGGAAGAGGAGGCGGUGGAGGAUAUGGUGGAGGCGAUGGAUAUAACGGCUAUGGUGGAGGAAAUGGUAUAUCAACAGACAAUAAAAGCGGCUAUGGUGGAGGCGGCCCUAAUUAUGGUGGUAACCGUGGUUACGGCAGUGGUGGGGGUGGAGGCGGCGGCGGUGGCAGCUAUGGAAACCAGGGUGGAGGCUAUGGUGGCGGCGGUGGCUAUGAUAACUACAACAACAAUGGUGGUGGUGGAGGAGGAGGCAACUUUGGAGGAGGAAACUUCGGAGGUGGCGGAGACUACAAUGACUUUGGCAACUACAAUAAUCAAUCCUCCUCUAACUACGGCCCGAUGAAGGGAGGAAACUAUGGCGGCGGCGGAGGUGGUGGUGGAAGGAGCGGUGGUGGACCAUAUGGUGGUGGCUAUGGAGGAGGCUCUGGUGGAGGCGGUGGUUAUGGAGGAGGGUCUGGUGGUGGUGGUGGAGGAUAUGGCGGAGGCUCUGGCGGACGGAGGUUUUAGAUUCCAAGGCCACAGUACUUAGAGGAGAGCCAGAGAGAGAUGACAGGGAAAGGAGAGAAGCAAGCAGGUUUACACCUAGAUCUGCCCAGCCAAGCAGUGUGGUGGCGAUAUUAACGUCUGCCACAUGAAGAGAACGUGUUCAAUAGGGGAAGAAAAAUCAUGUGGGAAGGACGGGGUGGGAAUGGGAUUUGGGAGGGGGUGAAAAAAAAAAAAGGAAAGUUUCAAAAGUACUCUUGUCCUGGAAAGACAUUUACUAGUUUGUAGUUUCCCUUUUUUUUUUGUCUGUGAAGUGCAAAGCAUUCCAAUGAGGUUUUAUGCAGGGUUUAACUGUUGUGUUGGCUUUUCUCUUGAACCAGUAGGGUGUCUGUCCUUUACUUUCUUUACUUUUUUUCUUUUAAAUGUAAACAGUCACCAAUCAAGAUGAAAUAAACCGCUCCUGUUUUUUUAUUUAA